UGCUGGGCCACGUAAGGACACUCGGCCUCGACCCGGCCCCUCUCUAAAGACAGUGCGGGAGCCCGCGCUGCCCCCAAGUCUGCCAGGCUCCUUGCAGCUGCUGCCAGCAUGACCCAGGCUCCUGCUGCCCCGGGCAAAGAAGGCCGCCUUGAACAGAAGAUCCUGCAGGAGCUAAGGGAAGCCGGGGCCCCUGUGAAGACCGCCCAGCUGGCGAAGAAAUGCCAAGUGCCCAAGAAGGAGCUCAACCAAGUCCUCUACCGAAUGAAGAACGAGUCGAAAGUCUCCCUCGCAGGCCCUGCCAUGUGGCGCCUGGACGAGGGUGGGCCUGGCGACGCGGCCCUUGCGCAGCUGGCCCUGCCCAGCCACAGUGACCUGCCAUCCCAGGCCGAGAGGCCCCCAGAAGACGCAGCUGGAAUUCCAAAGAAGCCUGGCCCUCAGCUCAGUGACCGACAGGAGGAGAUCUACAGGUUCCUGGAAGACAAGGGGCCCCACAAUGCCCUGGUCAUCGCCCAGGCCCUGGGCCUGAGGACGGCAAAAGACGUCAACCCAGACCUGUACAAGAUGAAGGGCAAGCACCUUCUGGACUUUGACGAGAGGCUGAAAGCGUGGGCAAUCUAUCGGCCAGAAGAUUCUGGAAGAAGAGAUCGGCCCAUUGCAGUAGAUUCUGGAGGGAGAAAUCAGUGCACUGCGGUUAUGAACCAGCAAAAUCCAGUCAUCACGAUCCACCAGCACGGAACGAACAGCAAAAUUUCCAUUGAGAACUCCCACAGCACUCAGAUCGGACAUGGGAACGUCAUGAUGAGAGCGAUAACCCCUGGGGAAAGCGGUUCCACGGCUCCCCGAUACCUCCCUCCAACGGCGCCAGGUGACUCCUCAGCUCCCAGUGUCUGGGGGCCCCAGGACAUCCACAUGGAGCGAUCCGUGCUCAGACGGGUGCAGCUGGGACACGACAAUGAGCUGAGUGUCCACAGCACCCCAGCCGAAGGCUCCGGCCACAUCCCCUCAGGCAGCCCCCCAGUCUCUGCCACCGCCGACGGCCCGGGAGCUUCAUUUGAAGUGCGAAUGCCCACACCAGGCUCUCACCCCGAGGGGGACGCGGCCCAGAGAGUCCACAUCAGGUCGUGCUUCCUCGAGGACGCCGCCGUCGGCAACAGCAACAGAAUGACUGUCCGCCCAGCGCCAGGGGGAGUCGCAGGGGCUGGAGAUGGGCAGCCGGAGGAGGACGCAGACCCUGCUCCCGAAGCCUCACAAUCCAGAAGCGGUUUCCCUCGAGACGCGGGUCAGGCUGCCCCUGGCAUCACCUCAAUGCUCACCCCACGGCUGGAAGCUGUGACCCUUGGAAACAGAGAUCCUGAAACUGCGGAACACAGUUGUGGGGUGCAAGGAACCCCAGGCUGGGGGAGCCAGUGAGAAGAUGGGGUUUACAGCAG